CCAGUCAAAAGCAAUAAAUGUAGGAAAUUUCUUGGAAACUCUAAUGUAUAUCCACACAAUGGACUACUAAAAAUAUAAGUACAAGCACAUACAAGUGCAAAGAAAAAAGAAGGUCAAUUUCUUAGUCAUUGAGAUUACUGCACCUUUCGAUUCAUCAAUAACGCCGGAGAAAUCCAUCUCUGUCCUCGUCGUCUUCCUCCGCACACAGACAAUUAAUUGAAUCUAUGGCAUCUUCUUCUUCUUCGAGUAAUUCACAAAACUGUCCUCGACGGAAGUACGAUGUCUUUCUAAGUUUCAGAGGUGAUACCCGGAAUAAUUUUAUGAGUCACUUGUACAAUGGUUUGACAAUUAGGGGAAUAUUCACCUUUCUAGAUGAUGUAAGGCUAGAGGAUGGCGAUUCCAUCUCAGAAGAACUCGUGAAAGCUAUAAAAGAGUCUCAAGUUGCAGUAAUCGUUUUCUCAAAGAAUUAUGCUACAUCAAGUUGGUGCUUGAAUGAACUAGUGAAGAUUAUGGAAUGCAAGGAGAAAGAAAAUGGACACAUGACAGUUAUACCGAUCUUCUAUUAUGUGGAUCCAUCAGAUGUUCGAUACCAAAGGGAGAGCUUUGCAGAAGCAUUUACCAAACACGAAUCGAGGUAUAAGGAUGAUGAGGGGAUGCAGAAGGUGAAACGAUGGAGAACUGCCCUAACUGUUGCCGCAGAUCUAAAAGGACAUGAUAUUCAUGACGGGAUUAAUCAAGGAAGGGAAAUUAAAAAGAUCGUCAACGACAUCUCUUCCAAACUUUACAAGAGUGCUUGUUCUUUAUCUGAUUUGCAAGAUGUUGUGGGAAUACAUGCUCAUUUAGAGAAUCUAAAACCCCUACUUCAAAUGGAAAUCAAUAAUGUUUGGAUUGUAGGAAUCUGGGGAAUAGGCGAAAUCGGUAAAACAACAAUAGCAAAUGCCAUCUUUGAUACUCUAUCCAAUCAAUUUGAAGCAGCUUGUUUUCUUGCGAAUGUUAAAGAAAAUGCAAAAAAGAAUCAACUGCAUUCUUUACAAAAUACCCUUCUCUCUGUACUGUUAAGAAAAAAAGAUGAUUACGUCAGUAAUGAGUAUGAUGGGAAGCGCAUGAUUAAGAGCAGACUUUCUUCUAUGAAGGUGUUGAUUGUGCUUGAUGACAUAGAUCAUGGUGAUCAUUUGGAGUAUUUAGCAGGUGAUGUUGGCUGGUUUGGUAAUGGAAGCAGAGUUAUUGUAACAACUAGAAAUAGAAAAUUGAUAGAGGAUAGUGAUGCAAUAUAUGAAGUGCAUACACUACCUGAUCAUGAACCUAUGCAAUUGUUCAAUCAACAUGCUUUCAAAAAAGAAGUUCCAGAUGAGUGUUUUAAGAAGUUCUCAUUGGAGGUAGUAAAUCAGGCUAAAGGCCUUCCUUUAGUCAUCAAGGUGUGGGGUUCUAUGUUGCAUAAGAAAGGCAUAGAUAAGUGGGAAAAAAUUGUAGACCAAAUAAAGAAAAAGUCUAAUUCAAAAAUUGUUGAAAAACUCAAAAUAAGUUAUGAUGGGUUGGAGCCCGAAGAGCAAAAGAUAUUUCUAGAUAUCGCAUGUUUCUUCCGUGGGCAUGAAAGAAAACAAGUCAUGAAAAUUGUUGAAAGCUGUGAUUUUGGAGCUGAAUACAUAUUGGAUGUCCUAAUUGACAAAUCCCUUGUGUUCAAAUCUGAAUAUGAUGAUAUUGAAAUGCAUGACUUGAUUGAAGAUAUGGGCAAAUACAUAGUGAAAAUGCAAAAAGAUUCCAGAGAACCUAGCAGAAUAUGGAAUGUUGAAGAUUUCGAAGAUGUGAUGAUGGGCAAUAUGGGGACCAUGACAGUGGAAGCAAUCUGGAUUAAUUAUUUUGAAAAACUAAGCUUAAGCAAAGAGGCAAUGAAAAAUAUGCAAAGCCUUAGGAUAUUAUGCAUACAAAUUUAUUCGUGGACUUCCCAAAGUGAUUCAGAAGAUGGUUCUAUUGAGUACCUGCCCAACAACUUGUGUUGGUUUGUGUGGCAUAAUUAUUCCCAGAAGGCUUGUUCAUGUUGA